AUGGAGGGAAACACGCAGCUUAUGCGGGUCAUCCGGGAAAUGCGCUCUGAGAUCAACAAGCUGGAGAGAGAAAAUAGGGCCCUUCGGGUGGAACUGAAAUUCAGCGGACAGAGGGCAGCUAACUGGGAGGAAGGAGCAAGAGGAGAACGUGGACAUGGGGAAGCCAGAAGCCUCACUGAUUCAGGGGAAGAGAGGGUCACUUCUCCAGUGGGCCUGCGUAGGAAUGUCUCAGCCAGCUCGGCUCUGGCACUGCAGGAACAGAAAGGUAAUAGUAUGAUUGUUAGGCGUUAUUCCAUUUCUUCCUCUGUGCAAUCUUUUUCUGGACACAAACACCACAAAGCUGAGAAGAGACAGCCAAGUAACAGAAUCCUGGAGGUGCAGGGAAUUGUCAAACCACCAGCAGGCUCCUCGGUGAUGCAACUAACCAAUGAAGAAGAAAAAGGAUCUGCAAAAAUUCCAGCCGAUUGCUUCUCCAGCAAUAAUUCUAGCAAAAGGAGAUCUUUUCAAGAGCAUGUUUAUAAAUGCAGGGGUAAAGUAAAGGCGGUUAGGUUCCUGUUACCAAUGGACAUGUCAUCUUAUUCCAAAAAUCAAGGUUCUUUCAAAUGCUCACAAAAUCAGGACACAAAACAGUUAAGCACCAUUAUUGAAAAGGAUAUGUGAGCUGGUGAAUUUUUAAAGGCCCAUUGAUUCUUGAGAUAAACUAGCCUUAAAUGAUAGUUGCGUGUCAGGUUAUGUUUCUGCAAAGUGCUUUGGCAGGAUGCCUUCAGAGACUCACUAAGACUGUGUUCCAGGUCACUGGCCUGUUGUUUAGGAAGGAAAUGGAAGCCAUGACACAACCUGUCAGAAGCCUGUAUACUAUGUUGAAACCCUUUGGUAACAAAUAUACCACCACCAAGUAUAUUUUUUUGCAAGAUCCACAUACCUCAAUAACUACUUUUAAAUAGCAUUUGUUGCAGUGGCACUGUUACCAUGCAACACUAUUUCUUAUGUUUUGUUGUUGUUCCCAUUGCUAGAAAAGUAUAUAUUGCAAAUCACAAAACAGAAAGAGUUAAAGAACCUACGAGUUUUUCUGUGUAUGAAGCUGUAAAACCUUAUAAUAGAAAUAUAGCUGGGCUUCUAUGUUGAGAAUAAUAUGUUAACAUUCAUUUGAAUUUUUAUAGACCUUCACCUUGACUGUCAAUAUUCUUUUUUUACUCAUUUUCUGUGAAUAUUCUAGCACAUGAGGUACUGACAGGAAUGUUCACUGAAAUUGCAUUAAGCGACUAUUGAGAGAAUAGAAACCAUGUAAGACCGUAAUAUGAAAAUGCGAUCAAGAGCCCAAUUCUAAGUUAUGCUCAUCUGAUCAGAGACCAGAAACAUACCAUGUGUUCAAUCAAAACAGCUGGAAUUCUGAAUAUCAAAUGCUUGCAGUGAAUUACUUAUGAACAAGCUCCAGAUCAAGAAUUAUUUGCUGAAAAUAUUCAGCAAAUAACUUCAAAUACAAAGAAAAUGUGAGAAAAAGAGAGAGGGGGACAAUUCAUGACAAGGAAAAGAGGAAAAACUCAUCAAGUAAAUUAUUUAUUGUGAACUAUUCACCCAGCUCCAGUUAUUUAAAGAAAUAGACAUUGCCAAAGCAUUGUUUAAUUUGGCUACAAAUAUUUACAAACUGGAAAUAUUGCACAUACAUUCCUAUUUCUCUAUACACUGUCCAGGCGUAUGCAUAUCACAAACCAUAAACAUGAAGAGGAGGUGUUAAUAUACAUACAGAAGGAAUUUAUUCCAAUUGACUGCACUUAAACAACAUACUUAUCUGAAUAUUUUAAGAGUAAUGACUGAGAGUUUACUCCAUCAAUUUACAUUCAGCUAAACGUGUUCUUGUAAAAAAGUUUCUCACCAUGUCUCAUUUCUGAAAUUUUAAAGUUUAGUUUGUCAUUUUUAGAAAAAAAUCUUUUAUAUUCUCACUGGGAUGAGAUUGUGUGAUCUCCCUGCUCAUGUUGUUUUUCAUGUUCCGUUUGGAUCCACUAUAGCUGCUUUGUAAUGUUGCCAGUAGAACUGGGUGAAUAGCUCAAAAACUUUCCACAGAUAGUCACUCUAAUAAAAAACUGAUUUCCUUUUGGCUCCAUUUGUUCAUGAUUUGUGAAUAUGCCUGCAAAUAAGUUUAGUGGCAGGACAGCCUAAUGAACAGCUAGUUUUAUAAAAUAUUUGCUGAAAGUGAAUUGUUAUAUUUGCAAACACAAGCUUUCUCUCACCAGAAACUAGAUUCUAAGUGUACAUCCAGUCAGACUCGGAAUGUGGAAAGCAUCCCUAAUCAGUGAGACUUUAGGACAUGCUUAAGUGCUUUCCUGAAUCAGAGCCACAGAACACUAACAAUGCCUCAUGACCAGUGGGCUCAACCAGAGCUAACCAACGCAGCUUGAAUUUAAAUGUCAGAUUGUGCAUGCUGACAGUGAUUUGCAUGUGAAUGAGCUAAAAACUAAGAAUUAUUUGUAUAAAUUAUUUGGCAAAUGAUUUUGAAUAAUGAAUACAUCUGCAAGAACCGUGGGCUGCUCAUCAAAUAUAAAUGGAAAAAGUCUAAAUUCAUCAAACUAUACAGUGUGAUUUACUAAGCUUUAGUCACCGGCCCUUUGAAAGGGGCUGUAUUUCUGGCCAAGGGUUUCACAUAACUAUUGCAAAUCUUUUGCCUAAUUAUUUGAGCAAUUCAAGUUUGACUUCUUUAGAUCAAUACGGGUUUCUGCUUCUACAAUGUUUUUUUUAUUAUUAUUCAUUUGAGUGUUCCCUUCUCCUGUAUAUUUAAAUAUAAGUUACUUGAAAAUGUAGGGUGAUGCUUUUAAAAGAACUUAGUUAGGCUGGUUGGAAAAUAGGAACUAUU